AAGCGUACUUGAUUCCAGUAAAAAUAUCCUUAAAGCCACACAAACGACUAUUAGCAAACCAAAAUGACACAACAGGAAAACAAGCAGGCGUUUCUCAGCCACAGUGUGCAGGAAGUGGCCGAAGGAAUGGAGCGACUGGUGCAGGACACCAACCAGGGGCAGGCCAAUCUGCGGGUCCAGGUCAAUUCGGUUCUGGACGAGAAUCGUCGCCUGAACAGUGAGUUGGCCAAGUGCAGGAUGGCGCUCUCAAGUGGAGACUUCCAGGAACUCAAGCAGCGGCUCUCCCUGACCAACAGCGCAUUGGACGCGGCCAAGAAGCAGGUGGAGGUGCUGCUCAAGGACAGGAAGAGCCUGCAGGCCAUGCAGGACUGCUCCAAAAGGACCAUCGAGAACAUGGAACUAGAGCUGAAGAACUAUCGCGUCCAGCUGCAACAGUCAGGCGAUGAGCAGAUCAUUCAGCGUUACACGAGGGCUGUGAAAAUGCUGGAGGCCAAGGUGGCUGCUCAGCAGGAGGAGAUUCGCACGCAGGCGGAGACCAUUAAGGUGCUGCACGAGCACAAGCAGCGGGACGGGGAGCAACUGCAGCAGCUGCACGCCCAGCUGGGUCGCCAGGAGCAGGACCACUCCCAGGUGGCCAGGCUGCAGAAGCAGCUGAAGGAGUACGAAAUAUCGCUGGACCAGACCCGCAACUUGCUGCUGGAGAGCACGAGGCGGGAGAGCACCGCCAUGCGGAAGGUCGAGGAGGCCAUCACCGUCAGCGAAGAGGCCACCCGGGAGAAAAUGGAGGCCAAGAGGGUGGCCGAGGCUUACAAGGAGGAGAUCACCCAGCUGGCCAACAACAUUGGCAGCAUCAUGGAAGACGCGUCCAAGCGCGUCGACUCCGAGGUGGCUCAGCUGAAGAGCAAGCUCCGGCAGAAGGACAAUUUAAUAACAUCGAUCAAGGAGAAGCUUAAGAAGGAGUCAACCGAACACAAGUCGGUGGUUCAUCUUCUGGAGACGAGAAACAACCGUUUGGAGCAAAAAUACAAGGAGGUGCUCAAACAAAAUGAUAAGCUGGAGGCCGAAGUGGAGAUCGCCUGCAAGCGAAUCAGCGAACUGGAGCGAUCCCUGAACGAAGUUCAAGGUGAAGACGCUCAGGAAAACAAGCUGAAGAAGCACUACGAAAGCGAAAUGGAGCGCUGCCUUAUGGCCCACAAGCAGAUUAAGGCCAAAUACCACUCCUACAUGGACGACAUUACGCAGCGCUUCGAGUCGGUAAUUUACCAGCUGAGCAAGGAGAACUCCGAGCUGCUGGCGGAAAAUCAAGUGCUGAAGAACGGUGCCGCCGGCGACAGCUCCAAGCAGCCACUCCACCUCUAAUCGCGCUUUUACGGUUGUACAAAGAUAUAUUUUAUGAUUACUAUUAUACACAUUAAAUUACUUUUAUGGGAGCACUA